AUGACCCUCUCGGAGCAAAGCAUGAAUUCCUCCAAGCUGAGUUCCAAAGCAUCCUCCAGGAUCUUGGGAAAGGUCCUGGCUGAGCUGAAUGCCAACCAGGCCCAUCCCAGUCGCGACUGGAAGAACGACCGGAACGACCGCGAGACCUUUCCGGAUUUCAGCGAUUGCGUCGAGCCCGUGGAUGAAGAGCUGCCAGAAUGGGCAACCGCUGUGGUGGAUCGGUCUUCUGAGGGUUUCUUCAAGGAUGGCAUGUGGCAAAGCGCAGAUGGUAAGGACGAGCACAGCCGAGGCAAGGUGACGUGGAAGAAGAACCACGAGAGGCGGGGCCACCAUGCGCGCUACCAGAAGCGUCGCCAGGAGAGAGAGAACGAAGCGAAGGCCUGUGGCCAGGGAAAGCCCAACGCCCCCGUGGCUGCCGGCAUGGUGAAGGGUCCUCCCUUGAGCCCCACCAGCACCGUCAACACGAUGGCGACGCAGAAAACAGGGGGUGAAUCCCUGGUUCCAGUUGGCUUGGGAAGCCAGGACGCGGGGCUGGUGAUGCUGGUGAAAACGCGAGUCAGUGAGCUGCAGAAGUCAAGUUUGCUGAUCAACAGACGUCGAUUUGCAAUCCGAAAGCUGAAAAGAGAGCCGUGA